CAGCUGACUUUAACUACACAUCAGAUUUUACGUUUUUCUACACUGCGGUCCUACUUCCGAAUUUUGCUCUAAGUUUUUUAACUUCCGCCUAUUCUAGGGGAGACGAAAGCCAGAAAAUGCCGGAGCCGCGCAGUCCAAUGGCCAGUUUCGCCGAUUCGGUGCUCAGUGUCAUCGAUGGACCCAUAACUUGGUUCCGUGAGAGCAUUGUGGAGCCCAACCAGGAGAAGCAGAACUGGUACCACCAGCGCUUCCGUCGCGUCCCGACCAUCGAUCAGUGCUACACGGACGAUGCCGUCUGCCGUUUCGAGGCCGAUCAGCAGUUCCGCCGGGAUCGCAUGGUGGACAACGAGAUCGUGAACAUUCUGCGCCAGCGCUUCGAGGAUUGCACCCUCUACGAGGCACCCGACCACAUCGUCAAGUGCAAGCCGCUGCUGGACCAAUACGAGAAGGCCACCGAGAACUGGUUCAUUAAGUAUGGCGACUUGGGUGGCUAUGCCAAUGCCAAGACCGCAUACAUGAAGCAGAAGCACCGUCUGAUUUGGGAGCGUCGCCAUGGACCCGUGGGCAGUGGCAUGAAGGAGGAGGCCGCCCAUUAAACUCCGCCCUUUUGUGCCCCCCGAGCCGAUCUGAGCUGAUGUUUUCUAGUUUCAUUAUCCGUUAUAACUAAAUAUACGCACCCUGAAAUGGUAAACCCCUA